CUGAAGUGACGGAUGCGGGAAGUUAAAGUUUUCCCUAUGCACUGACUUCUCCACGUAAGACACUUUUAUUUUUCUUGCCAGCACAGCCAGCGGUGAAACGUGAAAAUCAGCUCGAAAGGAACUUUGGAUGAAAGUUUCCUGACAAUAUAUUGAAGGAAAUUUGAAGUUGCGAAUUCUGGAAUGCUAUGAAUACAUUUGACUUCUUUUCGAAGUGAACUAAGAUUUUUUUUUUACCAGAUUUUUCUCUUUUCGUCCACGGUAGGAGAACAUUUGAGAGAGGGUACAAUGCAGGCGCGUUAUCCCGUGUCUAGUCCAAGCCCUCUAGGCUUGCCUUAUAUCACUGGGGAGCAGGGCUUUUAUCGAGCCGCGGCCGGAGGAGGAUAUACCGGUAUGCCUGCGCCCAUGAGCAUGUACUCUCAUGUAGCGCACGAGCAGUAUACCGGUGGGAUGGCCCGCGCCUAUGGGCCAUACGCUCCCGCACAACAGCCCAAGGACAUGGUGAAGCCUCCAUAUAGCUACAUCGCGCUAAUUACCAUGGCUAUCCAAAACUCUGCUGAUAAAAAGAUCACAUUGAGUGGGAUCUAUCAGUUCAUCAUGGAACGUUUCCCAUUUUAUCGGGACAAUAAGCAAGGCUGGCAGAAUAGCAUCCGACAUAAUCUAUCACUUAAUGAGUGCUUUGUCAAAGUGCCACGAGAUGAUAAGAAGCCAGGCAAGGGCAGCUACUGGAGCCUAGACCCGGACUCAUAUAACAUGUUUGAAAACGGCAGUUUCUUGCGACGGAGGCGCCGCUUCAAGAAGAAGGAUGUGCAGAGGGGGAGAGAAGACCGGGAGCGACAGGACAAGGCGACCCCGGGACAAGCAUGCGAGCAAGAACCCCAUCCGCCGGUGAAGCUCCGGGAUAUAAAGACGGAGAACGGGACCUGCACGCCCCCGCAUGACAGCACUCCACCCCUCAGUACCGUGCCUAAAACGGAGAGUCCAGACAGGAGCGGCGGGAGUGCGUGUAGCGGGAGCCCGCAGACGCAAACGGCACAACAGGCCUUUAGUAUGGAUACAAUCAUGACAGGACUUCGUGGGUCCCCACAGCACGGUGCAGAGCUCCCGGCUUCCCGUGCUGCCCUUCCAGGCUCGGUGUCUCUGACCUACUCGCCAUCACCGCAACCCACGCAUUACAGUCCACCCUGCGGCCAGCCCGCCACUUAUCACUGCAAUGUGCAAGCAACGAGCCUGUACACUGGGGAUCGAGGCCACGGGGAUGACACAUUACCGGAAUACACAAACACAACAAGCGCCUCCUCUAUCUCACAUCCCCACCAGAGCUCGAGCCAGGAGAGCCAGCACUUGCAGCAGAACAGACUCGCGCCCUGGUACCUCAAUCAGUCCGGAGAGCUGGGACACCUGAGCGCGAGCUAUCCAGCUCAGCAGCAGAACUUCCACGCAGUGCGCGAGAUGUUCGAGACACAGCGGAUAGCUCUGAACAGCUCUCCGGUGACCGGAAGCAAUAGCUGUCAAAUGGCUUUCCCGUCCAGUCAGCCACUUUACCGGGCUUCCGGAGCCUUUGUAUACGACUGCAGCAAGUUCUGACCAAAGAAAAUUCAAGUUAUGUGUGUGUGUGUGUGUGUGUGUGUGUGUGUGUGUGUGUGUGUUUGUUUUCUCAAUGUGUCUGUAAUUUAAGAAAGCGUUUAGGUCAGUGAACUCGGGCUAAUAUGCGAGAUUUUGUUUAUAGUAUAUUUCUGCUGUGGUCGUCUGACUACACAUAAACAUUCUUCCUGCUCGUUCAUGAAGUUGGUCUAAAUAUAGAUAUAAAGAAAAUGUGUUAAUUUAUUUCAUGUAAGAGCAUGUGGGCCAACUUUGCAAGGAAAUGUCUUAAUUAUUUAUAAUCCAUGCAGUAUACAGAGUGUGCAACUGUUACAUUUUUUUCUUAUAAUUGUUUUUAAAUAUUCAAAAUUAAUAUUUUCUAAAUAAAUUGUCGUCUUGUUGGAGUUAAAAUCUCGAGUGAUUUAUCGUUUGUGAUGGCUGCUGAAUUCAUCAUUUAUUUAAAUGACUGGCAGAUCUUAUUAUCCAUCAAUUUAACAGACUAGCGGCCUAAAAUACAUGAAACAAUGUGUUUAAACGUUCUUUUAAACGAAAUGUACAAAUGUUUGACAGUUUUCUUAUUUUACUCCUAAAAAUAACUUGCGCUUGGACGCAUAACUUAAUAAGGCGAUCUGUUGACACGCGGGGCGGAGGGGAACCCGAGGGGCAAACAUCUGGAAAUAAUACUUUUUUCACUUACGCAUAUUAUUUUUUUCACUUAAAGGAAAAAAAAUCCUUAUUCCUAACAUUAAAAACUGCAAUUACUAAAAGCACUCUAGCAGCAGCGCACCAAAAUAAUAAUGUUUUAUUUGUAUUAUUAUUACUACUACUAUUUUUUUUUUUUUUAAAUGCAAUAACCAACCACCUUUUAUACAAAGUUGUAUUUACGGUAUAUAAAAUAAUGUCAAAGUAAAAAAAACAUUUGAGCACUUAUUUGAUAUCUUUAUUGCACAGACUUUAAACGUGGGCGGAGAGGGGAAAAGGUCAGACUCUUAAAAUGAGUAACAUUGUACCGAAUUCUAAAGAAUUUUAGACCUAAUUUGUUCUACUUGAAUUUUUAAAGAAUUAUUCACUCAUCAGCCUGAUCUUGUAUAAACAACCAGAAACGUUCUAAUGUGAUUUGUCUCUCAAAACUCAUUUAAAUUGACUAAAAAGUUCUAGUAAUUAAUGGGAUAGAAAAGUUUCCAGUUUUGUUAUGAUAAACGUUUCAUUGAGAACUGGAAUGAUCUCGAGAAAUGUAAUUCUCCUUAACAGUCUUAUUAUUUUGUGUGAAGCUGUUAAGUUGAGCGUUUUUGCUUCGUUCGUUUUACAACAUCAACUGUUGGCACACUCGGGUAUUUGCAAUUGUGGAAUGUAGACAACAAUUGAUUUUGAUAGAAGUUUUAACUUGUAAACAUAUAAUAGAUUAAAAAGCAUGCAAACAGAAGAUGAAAGAAUUGCUGUUGGCCAGACAUGUUAAGCCAGCAAUGUAAAAUAUGGUCUUGAUAAAUCUAUGAUAAAUCCCUCAAACACUAGCAUUCUACUCAGUACGCGAGUCAGUGUUUUGUUUACUUGUACACGGCAUUUUUAAAUAAUAUAAAUGUUAAAUAAAUGUUAAAAUUGUUUUAACUGGCCAAAAUGCUUACUGU